AUGGCUCCUAAAGAUGAUUAUGUCUUCACCCGAGAUAUUCUCGACAACUCUCGAAUCUCUACAGAGCAAGAGAAUCUACGAAUAGCAGAUAUUGGCACAAGCACAGCCAUCACCCUUAGGAAAUGGAACGUGAAGGGUCUGGUCCUCGAGGAGCUUGUGGGUGCCUUUGAUAUCAUCCAUGUCCGCUUCUUUGUCUUUGUUCUAUUGAGGGAGGAGGUUCCUGCUGUGAUAGAUAAGUUCGUCACGAUGUUAACACUUAAGCUAACGAUGAAUAUGUCGGCGCCAGAACCUGGUGGUUACUGGCAAUGGGUUGACCCCGACAACAGAACGGUACGCACUGAUAAGUCGAGACCAGAGAACAAGUCAGAGAACCUUGCCGCUCUGAUGAGUCUCGUGAAGUCACAAGAUCCGCGCUUGAAUCCAACAUGGUAUGAUUACCACGCUGAUUACCACGCUGUUUAUUCCACGUUACGUCAACUACAAAACAUCUUUUUGAUCCCAGAGAGCAAACACUUUAUAGAGAACGGCCAGAUGGCCACAACACCACCCGAAUGCCUUAAUUACCCCCCCGAGAACUACCGUAGUCCCCCGUUUCCCUCCCUCUGCUGGCCUCCCCAGAACAGCUACUGCGCCUUAUACACAAUAUGGGACUCAUGGCGGUACACGCUUCUGUGGACCUUGAUCCUCUAUGCUCUGUUUCAUCUAGGCGCGACUGGAAUCGCUUUGUCGAUGCAGAUCGGAAAACCACGAUCGGUAUGGAAAUACUUGCUGGCCGUCCCAUUUGUCUUUGCCUUGGUCGCAGGGGCUGAGGCGCUAUUUACUGGAAGCGUUGUUGGGCUGGUGUAUGUAAUCCCCUUCGAUUUCGUACUUGCGCAUAUGCGAUUGCAAUUGUAAUGGACCUGACGUUUAUAUCUAGACUCGGCGCUAUCUACACUUCCGGAUGCUACCAGAUGCCAACGUGGAUACCCUUUAUCUGGGCAUGGAUUAACGUC